CUUUGAUUUCUGGUGUCUUCUCUCUCCUCUCUCUCUCUCUCUCUCUCACUCAUGCUCAACAACAAUGGAGGGGGUUUCAAUUGCCCUGAGCUACACAACACCUCCUUCAUUUUUUAUUCCGAAAUCAGUAAAUUCAGUACUCUUCAACCCCACCCCGCGCACGCCGCUUAGAUUUUCUCGGCCAUCGCCGCCGCCGCCGCCGCCUCCUCUCUCAUUAUCAAGCUACUGCUGCUGCUUCUGUAAUCGCUCUUCACAAUUCUCACCCUUUCACUUUUCAUCACCAAAUGGAUUCAAAGCCCUGUUAGCAACACCCGAGGCGGGAGUAAGUACUGAAACAAGCGAAUGGGCAAUGCAAGAUUUCUAUACUUUGAGGAAAGAAGUCGAAACUAUAUCCAUACGUGUCGAAGAAAUCAGAAUAAAAUAUUUUAGUGGAACUUAG